UGUUAAAUUGGGACCAGGUGCAGGGUAUUUAAGAGGAGCAGUCAGUCUGCUCAAGUCUGCUGAGUAAAAGGAAGCAGAAGAGAGGUGCUCUGCUUCCGAGCAGUCCUAAAAGAAACUGUCGAUUUCAGUGGGUAUUGAUUAAUCUAGAGGCACAAUGGACACUGCAGAAUUCAGAAGACGGGGAAAGGAGAUGGUCGACUACAUCGCGGAUUACCUGGAGAAUAUUGAAGGAAGACAGGUUUAUCCAGAUGUGGUACCAGGUUACCUGAGGAAUCUGAUUCCAGACGCAGCCCCAGAGCACCCGGAGGCAUAUGAAGAGAUAGUUAAGGACAUUGAGAGAGUCAUUAUGCCUGGGGUGACCCACUGGCAAAGCCCAUAUUUCUAUGCCUACUUCCCAACUGGCAGUUCAUUCCCAGCAAUGCUCGCAGAUAUGCUGUCUGGAGCCAUUGGAUGUAUUGGAUUUUCCUGGGCUGCCAGUCCUGCUUGUACAGAAUUGGAGACUGUGAUGCUCGACUGGCUGGGAAAGAUGUUGAAUUUACCAGAAGAAUUCUUAGCUGGCACUGAAGGACAAGGUGGUGGUGUGAUACAGAGCACUGCAAGUGAGGCUACGUUGGUUGCACUGCUGGCUGCUAGGGCAAAGAUCCUGAAGAGAUUGCAGGCUGAGAACCCCGGGCUUGCGGAACCAGAGAUCUUGUCUAAACUGGUAGCCUAUUCCUCUGACCAGGCUCACUGCUCUGUGGAAAGAGCAGGACUGAUAGGUGGGGUGAAAAUGAAGAAGAUUCCCUCAGACACCAAAUUCUCUGUUGGAGGGGAAGCUCUGAGGAAAGUGAUUGAAGAAGACAAGGCAGCUGGCCUCAUUCCAUUCUAUUGCUGUGCAACACUUGGAACAACACCAUCCUGUGCAUUCGAUAACAUAAUGGAAAUAGGCCCUAUCUGUAAUUCCGAGAACAUGUGGAUGCACAUUGAUGCUGCCUAUGCAGGAAGUUCUUUUAUCUGCCCAGAGUUUAGACAUCUUCUUAAUGGAGUAGAGUUUGCAGAUUCAUUCAACUUUAAUCCUCACAAGUGGCUUCUGAUUAACUUUGACUGCUCAGCAAUGUGGGUAAAGAAACGAUCGGAGAUAAUUGGGGCUUUCAAAAUGGAUCCUCUCUAUCUACAGCACGAUCACCAAGAAUCAGGGCUUGUUACAGACUAUAGGAGCCUACCCCUAAAAACACAUCUGUCACUCUGCCAAGACCGUCAGGAGGGCAUGGCACCGUGACACAUUCUGUACUGCAAAAAAAUGUUUUUAAAUGCACAGGUUUUGUUUAUAAUAUACAGAAAUGUAACGUAUUAUAGCACGCUUUUAAUGCAUUUUUUUUGUCUGUUACAAAAUUAUAAUUAUACCCAUUAUGCAAUAUUUUUUGUAUUAUUUCUUAGGGGUCAAAAAGUCAUAUUAACAACGUUUUACAUAUUAAUCAUUUUUAAAGAAUGUUAUUAUACAACAUUAUACAACAUUGGAUUAAUGAAUUUGCCACUGAAAAAGCAGGCAAUGUGAAUAUCUAUAAAUAAUUAAUAUUUUCGGACAGCACUUUGGCGAUAAAGAGCUCUUGUCAGGCCAAGUGAAUACAUCGAUCAUAGAAAUAAUAACACGUAUGUGUUAAGGAGGGGUGUCUCUAAACAAAUCCAGGUGAAUCUUGCUAAAAAAUGCAAUUGUUUUCAAAAGAGAAAGCUUUAAAUAGGAAAUGAAGCAGACUUUACAUUAUAGAGAUAGGAGAAAAGUCGCCACUGGAACUCUUUGGAUUCCCAUGAUACACUGCAUUGGUGGGGAUGAAAAAAAAGGGGAGUUGACUAUCUUGUGUAUAUAGAAGAUCUUUGCUGAGACUGAGACUGUCCAUCUGUUGGGUGACUUUGUGCCAUAUUCUUGCUUUGAAAAUUCCUCCUACAAAUUUCACCAACAUGCAGCCACUCCUUCCCUUCUAUCAGCAAUGCAAGGUGUUGGACGCAUGCGCUGUUAAAUUCCCCCAAUCAACAGCCUGUCCUGUGUCCUCUGUGACGUAUUUUGACAGUGAUUUCACGCUCUAUCCAACCCGUAAUUUUGUGAGUUGUACUCGUAACUUUUUGAUUUGUAGCCGUAGCUUUUCUUGAGUCGUACUUGUAUUUUUGAUUUGUACUCGUAACUUUUUGAUUUGUACUCGUAAUUUUCUGAUUUGUACUCAUAAUUCUUUUUGAGUUGUACUCGUAUUUUUGAUUUGUACUUGUAUUUUUGAUUUGUACUUGUAUUUUUGAUUUGUACCUAUAAUUACAAGUACAAAUUAUUUUUACGCUGUAGCAGAGCAGGGCUCUGCCCUUGUAAAUAUUGGCAGGGAUGGGGUUAAAUUCUCCUCCCUGCCCAGGUUUUAUGUGUCUGGUGGGAGUAAUUAGUAAUCAAUUAGCACCCAGCCACCUGAUAUAAAAGGAGGCCUCAGCGCCUCAGUAGGGAGAGGGAGCUGAGGAAGCAAGGGUGUUUUUCUUUGUGUGCUGUUUUUUGUUCUUUUUGCAAUCCAGUGAAGGCAAAGCUAAGCCUGAAUCCUGAUUUUUUUGUAAGUUUUUACUUUGUGUUUAUUGUCUUUGUGUUUAAGAACCUUUUUGUUUGGCCCUCGUGCCUGUUUAUUUUGUGUCUUUUUUAUUUAUUAAAAGUCCUUUGUUUGAAAUACAGUCUCUGGGCCUCAUCCCUUGCACCAUCCUGUCACAUACGCAUAUGAAUAUUUUACAGUUUGUAGCGACUUUAGAGCUCUGUUAAACAUAAAAGCACACAAACAUACUUAAAUAUACUAGCACAAAGGUGUAGCAGACAGAAAUUAUAUUAAUAUAUGUAUAUGUUUUUCGAUUGAUGAUUACUGAGAUCAUUUUACAUCUGCUGCAGCACUCAGAGGCCUUCCCAUAGGGGAUGAACACGAUCACGCUGUUUUCUUCCUAAGAUGCUAUUUGGCAUAACACCGGGACAGGCUGAGACAGUUCAAGUUUACAGACUCCCAUCAUCACCAAUGCAUUUAACAGACAGGUGUGUAGGGUUAAUCAAUUGAUCGGCGAUAAGCCAUUUGUGUAUCUCAAUUACAACUGAGACAUGUAUUAUUAUUAUUAAUAAUAAUAAUAAUAAUAAUAAACUUAUUUUGUGUUUGUGUAUUUGUUGCACAUAGACAGUGUUUGCUGCCUUCAUGUUUAAUAAUAGCCUACAUGUUUACUCUUAAGAAAGGAAAAAAAGGUAUGCAUUGUGACUUGUGCAAGUAUUCUAAAAGCAUGAAGUUAGUUUAAUUACAGUGCUGUGUGUAAUUAGACUGACAGUAUUGGAGAAGGUAGUUGGUGUGACAACCUCUGUUGCCCUUUCUGCUAAGUUUUUGUACAAGAUUGUAUUUUUAAAACGUAUGGUACAUUGAGAGUGUGUGUUUUUGAUAAUAUUGUCAUGUAAAUAGUUCUGCUUUCACCUUAGAUAAACUUUUGUUUGCUACGUAAGUUAAGAAGCUAUAUCUUUUCGGUCUGCUUAGCUUAUUCUAACAUUUGUAUCUGCCCCACACCGUUUUAAAAUGGUUGCUCCCUUUAGUGUUGUGUUCUUCUGUAGAAUAGUUGUUGAGUAAGAAAAAGCUAAUUUGCAAUGUCAAAGGAACGUUAAUGCUUUUGCCAAAACGUUAAUUUUCAACUACUACAUUUCGCUUUAUAUUACAGUUUAAGAUUAUGACGUUAUUGAAGUUAUGAAACAGUCCUCUCAAAAUCCCAUAUACUGUACUGUGGAAACUCAAUUUAAAAUCUAUACACGGUCAGUACAAUUUUUCAAAACAGAAACCAGGUUAUAUACGAGCACAUAGGGCGAAUGCUCAAUACAAGCCGAAUAAAAAAACAUGUUUAUUUUAAAAAAGAAAUAAAAUAAUCAUUACCUGACUGAUAUAUGGGGGAUAUGCUAGGCUUUGCCUAGAGCGGCAAGUUGUCAAGCACCGGCCCUGCAUAUACUGUAUAGUGGGGUCUAAUGAAUUGGUUUAAAAAUCCAGAUAGCUACAGACACUGUUUAGAUAAUAAUUGCUGGAGAAACAUGCACUUUAAGAAACUAUAGAUUAAAAGAUUAACUGUUUAGUUUUAGAUUGAGUUAGUAAAAGACAAUUUGGGUUUAAUAUUAAUUACUGGAGCAGGAAGACAGAUCAUAAGGGGAAAGCUUUUAAAGUGCACCAAAUGACAAUUUAAAAGGGGGACUCUUUAUAACAUCAGGGUUUACUGAGUGGGACAUCAAACAGGCUUUGAUGUUACAAUCACUUAAGGUAAUAAAAUGAAAGUGGACCCCAUGUGGUCAAUGAUAUUCUGAUAGGUUCAGGAAUAAGGAGUGAUGUCUAAGAGAAGCUAUAUUAAAUCCCAGCAUUGUGUUGUCUGGUUCGUUCUGUUAAGACCUGUGCUUAGGGAAAAUGGAAUACCGAACUCUUCAACUGUAUUGAAUAAAAUAUCUUUGUUGAAAUUUGCAACUAAGACUUGAAUCUAACUAAGACUACAGUCAUUUCUACUCAUGGAUGUAUGAAUAAUAAAAAUAACACUAACUAACUUACAUAUUUAAAUCAAUAAUAAUAAUAAUAAUAAUAAUAAUAAUAAGAAUAAGCAAGUGUAAGGCUAAUACACAACAUAGGUGCAAUGCAUUUGUUGUUUUGUAAAUGGCUAGGGAAAUGUCAGAUCCUCUCUUGUCCAAAACCCCAGGCUAACAAAUGUAAUGUUGGUCAUAAUAUAGAGGUGACAAGAAUAAAGCUGAAUUCUAAUGCACAUACACGUGUCUGAAAUCGAAACAAUGCAAUUGAUAUGGGUGUAUCCCUAAAUAAGAUACCCUAAAAAAACAAACACAUCAUUUGAAAGGCUCUGGACUCCAUAUUGCUCCAUGUUUUGACCUAGACUCAGGUUUGUUAUUGUAAGGAAACUUAUUUACUGUGAUACCUGCAAAUGAGUGCACACAAUACCAAUGGCUAUGUUAGUAAGUUUCCAUUUAUUGAUUCCAAUAUCUACAUGUAUGUGUAAUUGAACUUUGUGAACUCCACACGCAGAAUAUAUGCAAGGUGAAGAUGUACCCCAGUUUAUCAAUUCCUUGUUCCUGCAUCGUCUGGGCUUGUUGAAUAGGUAAACCUGUUACCACAACUGCAGCUGGGCUCCAGUGUGCUUAACCUUUGUUGAUCCCUACAUUAGAGUAACCAGAACUUUUCC